UAACGCAGUUUAAGCCAAGUUCAGCGUCACGAUGUGGAAAGCAAUAUUAUUUAUGGUGCCAUUAUCUGGCUUAUUUGUCCCUACGAAUACGAAAACUUUGCGUCUCGAGAAUCAAACCGAACUUCAAAAUGAAAUUCAAUUAGACGCUUGGGAAAUAGUUCUCGCAUUUCUCGACGAUUGUGUGGAUUUCACCAAUGUUGGAACAGAACCGGAAGAUAUUCACUUCUUCAUUGAUGGAGCGAACACACAAAUUACAUUGACAGAUGAUAUCCCUGCAUCUUUCGUUAAGGGGCGACCCCUUAGAAUAUUUUCGCAUGGUUGGAAUAGCAAUAGUGGUGGGAUUUUUAGCGAAGUACAUGGAGCUUAUCAAAACUUCAACGUGAUCCGUGUCGAUUGGCGAGAGCUUGCCAAAGGUGGGAUCCCGUACUGCACCCCAGCUACCCUCACCAAACGGGUCGGUCACAAUAUUGCUCACCUUGUUAAGCGGCUUAUCGAUGAGGAAUACGUGGUUGCGUCACAAGUCCACGUGAUCGGGCACAGUCUCGGUGCGCAUGCGUCGGGCUGGGCGGGAAAAAUUUUUCAGGCUUUCGGACUUGGAAAACUAGGGAGGAUAACGGGUCUCGAUCCCGCCUAUCCUGGUUUCCGUUCCGGAGAAACGAACCGCUUAUCCAAAAACGACGCCGAUUUGGUCGACAUUAUUCACACGAACGGUCGAGAUUCGGAUGACUUCUUGACGCAAUAUGACAUGUUCCACCUGGGCAUCACGGAGCCCAUCGGGCACUACGAUUUUUACCCGAAUGGCGGAUUCAAUCAGCCCGGAUGUGAUGGUGCGGGCGCAUUUAUUUGCAGUCAUUCGAGAGCCGUGGAACUUUUUGUGGAGACGAUUUCCGCAAAAACGGCAUUUUACGCGAAGAAAUGUGGCAGUUAUGAUGCGUUCAUUGGGAAAGACUUGGAAGGCUGUGGGGACGAGGAGUUUAAUUUUAUGGGGGAAAAUCUUCGGAAAACGGCGAGUCAAGGCAGUUACUUCCUUUGCACGCUAAAAUCGGAUCCGUUCGACAAAGGCGCCACUGAUGGGUUGCAGUGCCGACCGACGGUUUGCGAAAUGUACAAAUCGCAAACCAGAUCACCCAACAAUCUCGCCGGGCUGAGCAUGGAGCUCGAAUCCAUCGUUUAUGACGAGAACAUCCUUCCCAACGAUAAGGAAUUCAUUGGGAUUGAAGAAAUCAAAAACGAUUCUCCCGCCACGAUGAGGCACAUGGUGACGCAGACGAAAAAAACGUGGGAAAUGUAUGAAAUGGUGUCGAGAACGUAUUGGGGAAAAGUUGCGAAGUUUUGCGCCCAACACAACUGGGGAGGCGCGCCCAGCUGCCUCUAUGUAAUCAAUGAUUGCGACAAUGUAGACUUAUUUCACGUCAAAUCGUCGAAACAGAGCGAGUUUGAGUUGUCCCGCGAGGUCAUCGUUCCCCCAUUUUCCCGUCUGCACGUCUGCUCCACCGUCAGCGUCAGUGCGGACACUAAACUUGGCUUCACGGCGGUUGGUCGCUACACGGCGGAGGGAUUAUGGGCCGCCGAGAUUGCGCGAAUUCUGGCGCGUGACAACAUUUACGGCGUGUUGGACGAAGCCGGGGACGCCGUUCUGGUUCAAGUCGAUGGCAGCAUAAAGUUAUCUUUGGCGUUGGAACCGCAAUUUAUCGUGGCAGAGAUGGACGAAUUGGGUCAGAGCGUGUGCACUUUCACGGCCAGCUUGAUCCGACAAGCGAAACGUGUCAAGGGUAAAAAUAGGGCAGAAUUUGACAAAAUUAUGACACAAAUUGAUUCCUUGGUUAAUGGGGUGACAAAGAAAUGAUUAAAAAUUUGUACUUAUAAACGGUUUAAAUUUAAAAAAAAUGCAUUCGGAAAAGUAAAAUUUUUUGUUCAUGGUCUAUUUUUUGAGCGAAUUUUACAACGAAAUUAAUAAACGUUUGUUUAUAUAGUACUUAAAAUAAAAAGCGAUUUAAAUUUUAAAAAAUGUUUUCGAAAAAAUUAUUAGUUUUUCUGCAUGAGUAGUUUUGCUUUUUGUUAUUUUUGGAAAUGGAUAACAAAAAUUAAUUAAGUAAAAAAGUUGUAUUCAUCUCAAAACUGGUUAAAUUGAUGCCAUUUUAGAAAUUUAAAGACAUUUAAUUUGAGUAGAGUGAGAUAAAAAUUUGUAAAGUUAUUCCACGUUAAGCAUGAAUGGAGGAUGAUAAAAUCAUGAGA